AUGAGUGACGCUCAGGCAAAUGAGGCCGAGAAGAAUAUCGAGAUAUGGAAGGUGAAAAAAUUGAUUAAGCGCCUCGAAGCUGCGCGUGGAAAUGGAACCUCCAUGAUUUCUCUCAUCAUUCCGCCAAAGGAUCAAGUCUCCCGUGCGGCGAAGAUGUUGGCAGAAGAAUACGGUACCGCAUCGAACAUCAAGUCUCGUGUGAAUCGACAAUCCGUUCUUUCUGCUAUCACGUCUACCCAACAAAGACUGAAGUUGUAUAACAAAGUUCCGCCCAAUGGAUUGGUUGUUUACUGUGGUGAAAUUUUGACAUCGGAAGGAAAGGAAAGAAAGGUCAACAUCGAUUUCGAGCCCUUCAAGCCCAUCAACACAUCUCUCUACCUUUGCGACAACAAAUUCCACACGGAAGCUCUCGCUGAAUUGUUGGAGUCUGACCAGAAGUUCGGCUUCAUCAUCAUGGACGGAAAUGGAGCCCUCUUCGGUACAUUGAGUGGAAACACGAGAGACGUUGUUCACAAAUUUUCUGUCGAUUUACCAAAGAAGCACGGACGUGGUGGACAAUCUGCUCUUCGUUUCGCGCGUCUUCGUGAGGAAAAGCGUCAUAACUAUGUCAGAAAGGUUGCCGAAUUAGCUGUCCAGAACUUCAUUACAGCAGAUAAAGUCAACGUAGCUGGUAUCAUCUUGGCUGGUUCUGCCGACUUCAAGAACGAUCUUAACCAGUCUGAUUUGUUUGACAACCGUUUGGCUACAAAGGUUAUCAAGGUUGUUGAUGUUUCUUAUGGUGGUGAGAACGGAUUCAAUCAAGCUAUUGAGCUUUCAGCCGAGACACUUAGCAAUGUCAAAUUCAUCCAGGAGAAGAAGCUCAUUGGAAAGUACUUUGAGGAGAUUAGUCAAGACACAGGACGAGUUUGUUAUGGUGUUGAGGAUACUUUGAAGGCUCUGGAACUAGGUGCUGUUGAGGUUUUGAUCGUUUUUGAGAACCUCGAGAUCAACCGUUGGGUGUUGAAAGAUAGCAAUGGCGUCCAAACAAUUCUUCAUACUACUAAGCAAUCCGAGGCCUCAAACCGAGAACAAUUCAUGGACAAGGAGACUGGCCAAGAAAUGGAAGUCGUUUCCUCGGAAUCGUUCUUGGAAUGGAUCGCCGAGAAGUACAGAGAUUUCGGAACAACAUUAGAGUUUGUCUCGGACAGAUCCAGUGAGGGCAACCAAUUCGUUAAGGGUUUUGGUGGUAUUGGUGGCCUCUUGCGCUACAAGGUCAAUUUUGAACAGUUGGCCGAAGUUGAUGACGAUGAUGACUACUACGACGAUUGA